CUACCAAAACGACUCCAACGCCAUUAUCGAAGUGGCUCUGAAUUAAAAUCAACACUCACCAAACUGAGCCGCCCGCUUACUUUAAUUUAUCUAUCUGUCUGUCUGUAUAUCCUCCAUUUCGCGUAUUUGUUUCUAGCUUUUCACUCUACCUAUCCAUCUCUAUACCUCCACCUUUCACACACACACACACACACAAACACACACACACACACACACAAACACACACACACACACACACACACUCUCUCUCUCUCUCUCUCUCUCUCUCUCUCUCUCUCUCUCUCUCUCUCCCUCUCUCCGUGUUUAUCUUACUCACUUUCCCCAUCCUUUUUUCACUAAUUACCAUGUACUCUAGCGAUACACCAUCUCGAAUACAAGCUGCAUAGAUAGCAAAACAACGACAAACUAACAGAAAAAAAAACGCUACGUAAGAAAUAGUUGAUUGUUUUGGUCCAGUGUCAUAAUUCCACUACAACGGAAUGGAAUCAACAGCUGAGAACAAAUGAAAAGAAUGACGAGUCAGAACAUCCAAUGUGAAGGCCUCCAGUAUAACACAGAGUCAGAAUGUGCUGCUGCUACUGUACAGAACCAACGUGAGAAUAUAAAUAGCUGUGAUGGAGAAUGGCAAGAUGCAAGCAAAGAUGAAAAGAAACAUGAUGAGAAAGAUGAUGAGGAUAGUAAAGAAGUGGACAGAGAAGUUAAAGAAAAAAACAGAGCAAUGAAAGGGCGGUUCAGACAAAAUGAUAUACCAAAAGAUGCAAUACAACAACAGAAAAACCAGAACAAUGAUGACAGCCUUGCAGAAGCACAGAUGAUACAAGCUACAGAAGAUGGUGAUAUUUUUGCAGAAGCACUCUUUCAUACUGGGAAUGACAUUUCUUUGGUACUACACAACACUCUUUCUCCCAUGGAUACUGAUGAACCAGUAAAAGAAAAUGAAUUUAACAAAUACUAUCAAACAGCUUCUGAUAGUCAAAACAAUAUUGUUCCAUCAGAUAAUGUUGGUGAAAUAUCAUCCGCUUCAGUUACAACCAUGACUACCAACUCUAACACUAAUGUUUCACAUUGCAGAGAAAAUUCUGUAGAAUCAAGUAUUGAUACAUUCACUAAUUUCGAAGGAAAUUUUUCAGAAAAAGCAUUUAUGCCACUUUCAAAGGAUUACAUGGUUACUUCUAAUCUAAAAGAAAUUAAGCUUCCAGAUAUUAUGAACAAUAAUUCUUUACCUUCAAUUAACACUUCUAAUGUCUCAAUAUUUUUGAGAAGGAAAAAUUCUUUGAUAAAAGAUUUAAAUAUUAAGCCAAUCAUUUCAAAACAAACUCCUUUGGUCACAUUUGAACAAGAUGAUGUUUACAUUCCAGCAAAAGAUGACUGCCAGCAAAAGAUGACUGAUUUCUCUUCAAGGAGUCAACCUUAUAUUGGUGACUUUGAUAAUGUUCCUUCAGUAUUAACCAAUAUUGCUCAAAGAAAUUGUACAGACUAUGCUCUAAUUUCAUAUAAUUCUAACAAUAGCAUAUUCUUGUCCCAGGGGAGACAAAUGAAUAUAUCCUCAUCAAAAAGAAAUAAGUUCUCUGUAAAUUUUCAAAGAAGUUUAAGCACUUUAAGUUUUGGUUCUGUUGCUUCAAUAAAUUAUUCAAAUUGUAAUCCUACAGUAAAUAAAAAGAAAUUUGAAAACCUGAUUUCAAAUCUUAACUUGUCUGGAGUCAACCAAUCAAAUUUUAAAACAAGUGUUAUGAUAUCAAGAACUGGACAAAAUAAUAUCUCACAAAUGGAAUUGGCAUCUUCUCCUAUGACAUCAUUCACUCUAUAUGUUAAUUCCAGAAAUCCUACAAUCCAUGAAAAGUAUCUACAUGCUAUUUUUUGUCCUAUUUCCAAUGAUUCUCUAAUAAGGACUUCCUUAACAGAUCACUCAUCUCCACUGAAUCCUUGUGCAGAGAAUUACUUUUCUUCAAAAAAGUUUUUAACAAUAUCAAAAGCCAACACAUAUAAACUCCCAUUUAUUCACAGUAAAAAAUUAAAUUCUGUCGAUGAUCAAUUAGAGAGAAAUAACUUCUCUGAAUUACCUGGAAGUCUUUCUUUGAGAUUAGUUUCAAACAGUUCAAAUGUAAAUGUUCAGGACUCCAUUUCUGUUUCAAUGAUCAGGAACCUCAAAAUAUCUAAAAGAUCGAAUUCUAUUUUGCUUAAAAGGUCGGUCAGAAUGGUGAUGCUACCAUCAAAUGCUAGUGAAAACACUUCCUUGUUUUCAAUUACUCCUUCAUGGGUUGAACAACUAAUUUCUUGUAAGGAAAAGCCUUGUUUGCUUCAAACGUUAGCUGAAAAUAUUUUUGAUGAUUGUUAUACUAAUUUGGUAUGUUUAGAUAAAAUUUUACCAGUGAACAGAUCUAAUUUCCCAAGGUACCUUCCUCAAACUACAUAUGACUCUUUUGAAGGAAAUCAGAGAUGCUUAAGUGUAAGAUUUGAUAUCUUUCAGUCAUUACUGAAAUCAAUGAUGCUUUUUCAUAUUAAUCCACAAUAUAGUGAUAAUUUUCCAGAAUAUGGUGGCACUAUAAAUAUAAACCAAAUAUGGAAACAAGUAAAGAUUGAUUUUGACAGGUAUAUAGUUUUAAUCAAAUUAAUAAACAAUAUAGUUGUUAACACAAAAAAUACAAUUUCCUCUAGUAGUCAGGCUUGUAUAACUUAUCCAUCAAGAAAAUCUAUUACAUCACUAUCUGACCAGAAUUUUGAAAGUUCUAACAUUUGUAUAUUUUUGAAGGAAAUGGAACAAAACUGCCAAAAUAUUUUGGCAAAUAUCAAACAACUGCUUACAAGUUGCAACUCAGAGGUUAUAAUAAAAACAAAUGCAGAAACAAUAACAUUACCUGUUAAUCACGCCUUAGUAUUAAUAGAUAGUGAUGUACAAUCAAUACUAGGGUUCUUGGAAAAUUCUAUCAAAACAUUAUCUGAUGAAGACUUGAAUUCUCAAAAAGUGAUAAAUACAAAGAAAUUACUUCCAUUUCAAUACAGAAAUUUGUUUCAAAUUACAGUAGCUCAACAAUCACCACAUAGUUUCCAAUGUUUACCUCAAAUAUUGUUUACUAAAAUUGAUGACAGAUCAUCUGAUAAUAAACUAAUUCCUAAUGUGUCAAGAGACAUCAGUUUACAUGAAAUACUAAAUUCUUUGAUUCUACACACUCAUAAUCAUAAGAGACGAACAAAACAGUUUGGAUUAAAAUAUACUAAUAUUUCAUCACCAACUUCACGUGUGAUCAAUGUUUAUACACAACCACUGAUAUCUGAAACCAGCCUCAAAUAUAUUACAACUGGAAAGUAUUUAGGAAGAUUUCCAUAUAAGUUAACAACAAUUUGGUAUUUUUGUAAUUCAAGCUAUGACUAUUUUCAUACCCUUUCCAACAUUUACCACAUUUACCGCUGUCAAAUUUUACAGUCAUCUGGUUCACGCAUUCAACAUUCAGGAGAAAUUAGUCAAGAUGUAGCAUUCUGUGGGCAGUUGAUGCCCAGAGCAGAUGACAACUUCACUUUGCAGUUUGUGUCAACCAAACUCUUUCAGGAUUUGUUAUUCAAAAACUUUCUGUCUCUUUUGACAAGAAAGUAUCUUGAGGAUUUGUUUCCUUGGAUAUUUAAUCCAAAGAUUUAUAUAUUGCCAAGAAGUUGGCUACUCUCCAGCAUGUCACAUCGCAGCGAGAUUUGCAACUUAUUUCAGAGAUGUUUGCUGACCGCUGAAGAUAGUAUCCGGUGCUUAAGAUGGGAUGACCUUGUGUCCAAUCCACCUGCUACUCUUCCAGGUGAUCCAGAACAGCCAUUGAUCCAUCGAGGAGUUGAAGAAGAUGAGGCUAAUCUGGCUGAUACUGAUAAAUUGAUGAACUUUGAUGGAUCUUUGUCUUUAUUGGAUGAAAUGGCACUUGGUGAAGGUGAGAGUUUAUCAACUCCAUCCAGUCCGCACUCAAUCUCUUCUUACAGUCGUCGACAAAUAAACCUUCCAAAAGGAUUAAAAGAUUUGGAUUACAAAAUAUUGCAGUCUGGAAUCUUCAUAUUUCCUGGUUCUUAUGCCCUGGACCACUCCUUGGUUGGAUUUUUAUUCACAAGUAGCCCAUUAUGGAGAGAUCAAAUGAUAUCCAGUUCAGAAUUGGCACGACACUUUCUAUAUUUCAGCACCUUAAGCAGAAAAAGGAAAAAAUGUGUUGGUCUCACACUAGUUGCUGAUAUUCGAGGAUCCACCAGUUCCACAGUGAAUACAAUCUUGGAGGCUUUACAUCUCUUUCAUUCAAACAAUGAACAAGGGUUCAGAUCAAUUUAUAUCUUAGCAAACCAGUUAGAUCAAACAUUAAUUUUUGGUUCACCACUUUAUGAUGCCCAAGGACCCCUUAAGAUUGAGGUGUUGCAGUCUCCUGAUGUCUUACAGUCUUACAUUGGUGUAGACCAACUACCAAGUGCUUUUGAUGGUCAGUUAGAGUACCACCAUGACAGCUGGCUUCGAUUUCGUCGAAAACUGGAACCAUUUGUUAAUGAUUGUCAGCUUGUCGACCAGUACCUACAAGACACUCUGAAACAACUGACCAUCUAUGACCGCAUUCCUUCCACUUAUGAUGAAACAAGUCAGUUCUUAUGGGAACAUGAGCAACAAAUGCAGUCUAUAUUAGAUGCCCCUCAAUUGAUGCUGCUACAAGACGGCCAUUCCAUCAUUCAUCAGCUGCAAGAAGAAGCCCCUUAUCUAAAAUCUAUAGAAAGCUGCAAAGAAGAACUUGUAUCAGUUAAAAAAAUGUACAAAGAAUUACAGAACUCAAUGAAGAAUUUAGUUAAACUUGCUGAAAACCGUUUUCAUAAACUUGAACAAGGACUUCAACUUCGAGGUUUCGAGAGUGAAUGUAAUAAAUUAAAUGUAUGGAUCUCGACAGAAGGAAAACGUAUUUUGGAGAAAUAUAACUCUUGUGUUGACAAUCUAAAGAGUGCCAAGUCACUGGAAGAGCAAUUCUUGAAAGACUAUUUCUCAGCUAUGACAUACAUCGACAAGGGGAAUGACUUGGUGGAAGAGGCGUGUAUGCUCGCACAGUCUGGGAUUUCCACUGACUCUGCAACCGGCUAUAGGGACCUUGUAAAAGGUCUAAAAGUUCACUUGAAACAAUUUAUUAAGGAUUUAGAAGCAACAAGAGAAAAGGUGGAGGGUACAAGGAAAAUUUACCGUACUCUGGACAAAGCCUAUAAUUGGGCUUUGGAAUCCAUGAAGUUUAUCGUAAACAUGAAGACAGAAAAUUGCUCAAGUGUGGAGAAGUUAGACAACAUGAUUAGAAGCAUGGAACUGUUUAUGCAGGACCAUCCUCCAAUCAGUGAUGAGUUGUUUAAAGAGACUCUGCAACAGGCAAAAGAGUUACAGAAUGAAAAACUCAUCAGUCAAUGUCAGAAGACAAUAGCCCGUUGUGAAGAAGCCCAGUGUAAAUUAAAGUCCCGGAAGCUGGCUUUGAAAAGGGCCAAGUCUCAACGUCAAACAAAAUCUUUAGCUAAUUCUGAUAGUCCUUGCAACUGUAUUGUAAAAUCUUCAGUGACAGAUCUGGAUGAAAAUUAUUUAUUACUUCCUCCAAGUCAAUCAGAAAAGAAAACUGCUUCUUGGCAUGCAAUAUGUGCCAGUCUACCAACAAGCCCCAAAAUCCAACCUCGUCGUGCAUCACUGCCUACAAAAGGUGAAAUUGUUACCCAGAUUUCUCCAAUCAGCAACAUGUCGUCACAAGAUAUGGAAGAGUACCAAGAACAAUUAUUUAAUGAUGGUUAUAUUACAGAGGAUUUAUCUCACCAUGUUGUGACGUCUUUACCCAAAAGUUUAACUCUUCGUCCAGACCCAAAUGACUGUGAUACAUCUGGCAACAAAGACAAAUUGUUUUCUCGCUUGUACUCUUCCAAAAAGUCUAUAACCCGAACAGUUACCGUUCCUGUAACAUUAUCCCACUCAGUGCCAAGUUACAAGUUAACCUCCUCACAAACGCUCCCUCAAGUCGACACUCCAGGCACUUUGGAUAGUGUUCCAAGUGAAAGUACUUGCAGCGAAGGUAGCAGUCUGAUUGGCAGAAACCAAAGCAUGUCCGAAGAUCUAACCUCUCCAAUACAUUCCAGCGAUUCCUGCUUGACCGAUCCACUCACACCUCACCUGCACUCAACUAUAUGGAGCACUCCUGUUCCUACCAAUUCCCACCUGUUAAGCCUAAAUACUUCUGACCAAGAUGGCUGGUCACUGUCUUCUAAUGGCUCACAAGUCGGUCUUGCUGGACCCAAAAGGACAGUGGCUCUUAUCCUUCAAGAACUUAUAUCCACUGAACGAGAUUAUGUACAAGCUUUAAAAUUGAUUGUCGAUAACUACAUACCUGAAAUAACCAAGGAGGAAGUCCCUCAUGCUCUUCGAGGCAAAAGAAAUAUUAUUUUUGGUAAUAUUGAAAAGAUCUAUGAAUUCCAUAACCAGUAUUUCUUGCAAGAACUGGAAACUUGCAAACAUUACCCAUUUCAGAUUGCUCAAAUUUUCCUUUCACACGAAGAACAAUUUUACCUCUAUGCUCUGUACAACAAAAACAAACCAAAAUCCGAUCAUUUAAUGGCAGAACAUGGCACGGAAUUUUUUCGAAUCAAACAGAAUGAACUUAAAGACAAGAUGAAUUUGUCCAGUUACCUUCUCCGGCCAGUUCAAAGAAUGGGAAAGUAUGCUCUGUUGCUAAAACAAAUGAUAAAAGCUUGCCCAGAAACAGAAACUGAAUAUAAUGAUUUGAAGUCUGCUGAAGAAAUGGUGAAAUUCCAUCUACGUCAUGGCAAUGAUAUGUUGGCUAUGGAUUCUCUGAAAGAAUGUGAUGUAAAUUUACAAGAACAAGGUCGCCUUCUCCGACAGAAUGAAUUUUUUGUUACCCAAGGAAGGAAGAAAUCAAUGCGGCAUAUAUUUCUUUUUGAAGAAUUGGUUCUUUUCAGCAAAACUAAAAAAGAUCGACAUGGUGGACCAGAGUCCUAUAUAUAUAAAUAUAGCUUUAAAACUUCAGAUAUUGGAUUAACAGAAAAUUUCCGUGAUCACACAAAUAAAUUUGAAAUCUGGUUCCGACGGCGAUCACUUGGAGAAAACUAUAUUUUACAUGCUCAAGAUAAUGAUAUCAAAAAAAGCUGGGUUCAAGAUAUUUCUAGAUUGUUGUGGAGACAAGCAAUAAAGAAUCGAGAAAGCCGAAAAACUGAGAUGGCUUCAAUGGGGAUGGGAAGUAAGCCAAGUUUUGACCUGAAAGGAGAUUAUAAUUUAAAUGAAAACUUAGUUGCUUCUGGACAAUUUGCUGCACGUUCCCGUAAUUCCAUUGCAGUCUCCUCAGUUGACCACUUCCGAGAUGGUGCCAAACGACCUCUCUCAAUCAACUCUCUAAGUAGCACAUCUUCCUCAAGUAGUGGUCAAUCAACAAGUCACGGACUUCUCAACUCUCUCAAUUUAGCCUUUGAAAACAUGAUAGUCAGUUCCAAUGCAAAUGCAGACAGCCCACAUUUCAAUCGACGGUCAAUGAAUUCUUCAAAUGAAAGUGGCAUUUGUACCGACAUUUUCCCUGAAACAGAGGGCUGUGUUGCUACUGCUGCUAAUGCUCAGACUGGUUCUACUUCAGCAACAACACUGCCAGUCAACACAAGGAUGUUGGCAAGCUCCACUAACAGCAGUCCCUGCCCAUACCAGCAGACAAAUUCAGAUGGAACUAGUAUGACAACAACAACAACAUCGAUACAGACACCAACACAACCAACAUCAACUGCCGCAAACAAACAUGCUCUUUCAGACCAGCCGUCAUCCAUAGAUACACAAGUUUCAUCUGCAAUCACUUUUACUCCUCCUUCAUCUACCACCACCAAACAAGCUGACCCCGCACGAUUGUGGCUUGAUCUUAGCAAGACUCGGCAACCAAAUGAAUUCAAACUACGCUUAGCUCCAAUGCAUGGACUGACACAGACAAACAUUGCAAACAUUCAUGCUGAAGAAAGUGAACUGUAAAUGAACUAAAAUUCAGUAAAUUGAUUGGACAUGGGAAUAUUUCAUGAACAUGUCACACUGAUGUGCAAUGAUAGGACCAGCAUACUUGCUAAUAUCUUCUUAAAGAAUAUGUGGUGGCAAUACCAACAUAGUGAAUGAUAGUAAGUCUGCUGAUCACAAUCAUGCAAUCAGAUCAGUCUCAAAUAAUUAAAUUAAGUCUAAGACCAGGUUUCCUUUCUUAUGGAAGUUGAUUUAUGUGGCUGCAUUGUCUGUUAGCAGAAGAUAUGAGCUUUACAAUUUUAUACAGGUGGUAUAAAUCAGGGGGAAACAACUAAUAGAAUCAAAAUGGUUUUGCAUAUAAAAUCUAAAAAAAUCCCAAAAAAAAAUUGUUUACAAGAAAUAUUCUUCUACUAAAUUCAUUUGUAAUUAGUUAAGAAAAAGAUAUUCAAUUAACACAAAUAUGUCCGUACGUAUAUUUGCACAUAUGUAUGCAUAUACAUGUGUGUGUGUGUGUAUACACACACACACACAUAUAUAUAUAUACACGUGUAUAUUGUAUAGACUCGUGUGUUUAUAUAUAUAUAUAUAUAUAUAUAUAUAUAUAUGCACACAUAUAUAUAUACAUAUACUUAUAUAUGUAUAUAUGCAUAUAGAUAUAGAUAUAUAUGUAUUUAUUUAUUUACAUAUAUGUAUGUGUAUAUAUACACACACACACACACACACAUAGAUACACAUAUGCAAAUACACAAGCAUAUGUAAAUAUGUAUGUCUGUAUGUAUGUGCAUCUGUCUACCUGUCAAUAUGUGUGUGUGUAUAUAUAUAUAUAUAUAUAUAUAUAAAUACACACACACACACACUGUGAGACAAACAGACAGGUAGCUGCAUACUUGUUUUUAUAUGGAUAUUAAUUACGUAUGUGUAUGUAUGAAGACAAACAUUUACAACAUUAUAUAUGUUUUUGAGUAUAAAUACACACAUACACACACACACACACACACAUAUACAGUUAUGGCCAAAAGUCUGGAACAUUUUAAAAAAUUAAAAUUGUUAUACCCAAGUACAAUUUGGUUCAAAUAUAACUUUGAGCAUUUAAUAUAAAAAUUCUAAUUUUCAGACCUAUGUUCCAAGAUUUGAC